UGCGGACAAUCUACACCUUUCACUCAGACCACUUCCUUGCAUAGUUCAUCCAUGAUGGCAGGAAUCAUGUCGUAUUUCGGUCGGAAGGAUACAAAGCAGUCGGCUCGAGAUGCUAUAGUCGGCCUUCGGCAGCAACUACAACUAAUAGAGAAGAAGGAAGAGCACCUCCAGAAGAAGAUCGACCAGGAACUUAAGAUUGCUAAAGCAAACGCUGUCUCGAAUAAACCUCUGGCAACUGCCGCGUUAAAGCGUAAACGACAGAACGAGACACAACUGGAGCAACUGAGAGGACAACAAAUGCAGCUUGAGCUGCAGGUCGGAACACUUGAGUCAGCCAAUCUCAAUGCGGAGACGAUGGCUGCCAUGAAGAAGGCCUCUGAAGUGCUCCAGCAAAUUCACGGAAAUAUGACUGUUGCCAAAGUCGAUGAGACGAUGGCCCAGAUCAAUGAGCAGCGCGAGGUAGCCAACGAGAUAACGGACCUCAUCUCGAACCCUCCUGGCGCCGACAGUUUAGUAGAUGAUGACCUCGCUAGAGAAUUGGCAGAACUAGAGGAUGAGGCAUUGACAGAUCGACUCAUGGGCGCAGACCAUGUUCCUGUGCACGUGCCUCCUGGUGCUACUCGCCAACCACCGGCUGCUGUGGUUGAAGACGACGAGGAAGCGAUGUUGCGACAGCUUCAAGCCGAAAUGGCAAUGUAA